CCCUUUCAUUUGCUGUUUGCAUUUGAAUUUCAUUUCAGCUCUCUCUCUCUCUCUUAUUCAUAUCUUUUAUCAUUUUCAUCGCUAAACAGCGCUACGAUCCAAAUCGGUAACCCGUGACGCUUCACGGAUCAAAUCAACGGAUCCGACCGGCUUCUAUUUCCACGAUUGUACGGUCAUUAGUGAAGGGGGAAGGAGGGAAUCAGGUGAUCGUACGGUGGGGGAGAGAGGAUGCCGUCACAGGGAGACCUGGAUCAUCAGAUCGAGCACCUGAUGGAGUGUAAACCGCUGUCUGAGGCGGAGGUGAAGGCGUUAUGCGAGCAGGCACGGGCGAUACUAGUGGAGGAAUGGAACGUGCAGCCGGUGAAGUGUCCGGUGACGGUAUGUGGAGAUAUUCACGGACAGUUUUACGAUCUAAUAGAGCUGUUUCGGAUAGGAGGGAAUGCGCCUGAUACGAAUUAUCUCUUCAUGGGAGAUUAUGUAGAUCGUGGAUACUACUCAGUGGAGACUGUCACACUUUUGGUUGCACUGAAAGUCCGUUAUAGAGACAGAAUCACAAUUCUUAGAGGAAAUCACGAAAGCCGGCAGAUAACACAAGUAUAUGGUUUUUAUGAUGAAUGCUUGAGAAAAUAUGGAAAUGCCAAUGUAUGGAAGCAUUUUACAGACCUGUUUGAUUAUUUACCCCUCACAGCUCUUAUUGAGAGUCAGAUCUUUUGUUUGCAUGGAGGACUUUCACCAUCUCUGGACACACUAGACAAUGUUCGAGCAUUGGAUCGUAUACAAGAGGUUCCUCACGAAGGACCAAUGUGUGAUCUCUUGUGGUCCGAUCCCGAUGACCGCUGUGGAUGGGGCAUAUCUCCGCGAGGUGCUGGUUACACAUUCGGACAAGAUAUUGCAGCCCAGUUCAACCAUACCAAUGGUCUAAGUCUGAUUUCAAGAGCCCAUCAGCUCGUGAUGGAAGGAUACAAUUGGUGUCAGGAGAAGAACGUGGUAACUGUCUUCAGUGCCCCAAACUACUGUUAUCGAUGCGGGAACAUGGCUGCAAUUCUAGAGAUCGGGGAGAAUAUGGAACAAAAUUUCCUUCAGUUCGAUCCGGCACCCCGGCAAGUUGAGCCGGACAACACACGUAAGACUCCGGAUUAUUUUUGUGAUUUUCCUAAUAUAUAUAUUUCUGCUGUAGCUGUUUCUAGCCCCUGUUUCGAAGCGAGAAGCUUUUGUGGGUUUAAGUAAGUUGAGGUUCAUCGACGACAUGAUUCAUUCUUUAAAUCGGAGUUUGUUAAUUUGCUUAAGAAUCCCAUAGCCAGUACUGAUGAAGCCUCUUGUCUUUGUAUAUUUCUUACAAGAAGUGAGGGAAGCAGCAAUAACAUUUUAUAUCUCCGUGUUA